AUGCCCUUCCAAUCGAGGCGAAUCGCCCGCUAUCUGGGGCUGGAGGGCCCAGCCGCAGCAGCCGCACCGGGGCUGUUCAAUUCGCUCUACCAGCUCUUCCUCGAUAACGACUGCACGCUGGUGGAGGUCAAUCCCCUCAUCGUAACCGGUGACGGCCGUCUGGUUGCCCUCGACGCCAAGAUCAACCUCGACGACGAUGCCAUGUUCCGUCGCCCCUCUCUCCGCGAGCUGCGCGACAGGGCGCAGGAAGACGAACUCGAAGCCCAGGCCGCCGAACUGGACAUUGCCUACGUCAACCUCGACGGCGACGUCGGCUGCUUGGUCAACGGGGCUGGCCUGGCCAUGGCGACGUCUGACGUCGACUGGGUCUCGGCCGCCGGGGCGCGUCCCUGCAAACUCCUGGACUGA